AGUCACACCAAACUCAGUGCUCCUGAUGCCUGGCCGUCGCUAUGGGAACGCAAACUUUGGACAACAUUGGCUACUCUGACUGACCUGUUAGCUACAGUAGCUAGAUACUUUUACCCCAAAACAAUGAAAUACCUAACGUAGAGAAAUACAUUUCGUUUCCUGGACAAAAUGACUUGGAGAAAUAUCGACCCUUUGUCACUUGAUGAGACCAUUGAUGAAGGGAAAGAGGAGAAGGAUGUGGAGAAGAGAAGAGCCUCGGUGUGGGAACAUCAGGAGCUAGCCCAGAUUCCUAUCAAGGUGCUGAGGGGUCACACAGAUGCUGUCACCGGCUGCCACUUCUGCUUUGAUGACACCAAAGUCCUGACCAGUUCCCAGGACAAGACGGCCGCUCUGUGGGACACGGAGAGUGGCGCCGCGCUGUUGGUGUUUGAGAGAGGACAUCUGUCCAACAUCUCUGAGUGUGCCUUGAUCCCUGACAAGAAAAGGCUGAUUACUGCGUCAUGGGACAAGACCCUAAAUGCAUGGACCUGGAGACUGGCAAGAUCAUUUGGACUGCAGCUCAGGCUGGUCUCCUGACCUCAUGUAGCGUCUCAGAGGACGGGAAGUACGUAGUCUCCUCCUCCGACCUGGAGAAUGCAAUCUGCCUGACCUCAGCUGAUACAGGGGAGAGGCUCUUCCACAUCAAAGAUCACCACAAGUCUACGAUCACGCGGUGCCGGUUUGAUCCUCAGAGUCAGCACGUAGCCAGUGUCUCUGAAGACAGAACCAUCAAACUGUGGGACCUGGUCUCCACCCAAACCACCCUCUCCAUCAGCAGCACCCACACCAACGUCAUCUCAAACUGCUGUUUCACUGCUAACGGACGCUACUUGUGCACUGCAUCAUGGGACAAGACUCUGCAGCUGUGGGACGUCCAGACAGGAACGUUCCGUUCCCACGGUGGCCUGACCCUUAGCAAGGGACACGACGGAUCCGUCAGCUCCUGCACCUUCUCUGUGGACGGGUCAGUCCUUGUGUCGGGGGCGUAUGACAGAACAGUGGCUGUGUGGAACAUGGAGACCCUCUGCAAGACGCUGGAGUUGAAGGGACAUGCGGAUUGGGUGACAGAUGUGGCAAUCAGUGCGGACAAAAAAUGGGUGGCCUCAGCUUCCAAGGACACCACUGUCAGGUUGUGGAAUAUAGAACACUCUGAAGAGAUACCUGCUGUUAUAGAGACCAGGAAGGCUCAGGGAAUGGGCUAUCAUAUCCUCCAGUGUGAGGAGUGUGGAAAGGCUUUUUCCAUUUCUCGACUGGAGAACUCCGACUUGGUCACAAAGUGUGUGUUCUGCCGAUUGAAGACAGAAACCAGAUCCCAUCUUCAACCACCUCCUCUGUUGUCUAGUGUUCUGCCGAUUGAAGACAGAAACCAGAUCCCAUCUUCAACCACCUCCUCUGUUGUCUAGUGUUCUGCCGAUUGAAGACAGAAACCAGAUCCCAUCUUCAACCUCCUCCUCUGUUGUCUAGUGUUCUGCCGAUUGAAGACAGAAACCAGAUCCCGUCUUCAACCACCUCCUCUGUUGUCUAGUGUUCUGCCGAUUGAAGACAGAAACCAGAUCCCGUCUUCAACCUCCUCCUCUGUUGUCUAGUAAUUGAAUGUAUUAUUUUCUAAUGCUUGUAUGUUACUGUAUAUAACUAGGUCCUGUGUUUAUUGAGUACUGUAUCCUGUUAAAACUGUAUUUGUUCAUUGAUUUAGUCAGAAAACAACUAAAGUAUCACUGCAUUGAAGUGCUAGCUGUGCCACUAGACAUUCUGGGUUCGAGGCUGGCCGUGGCCCGGAGACCCAUUGGGAGGCGCACAAUUGGCCCAGCGUCGUCCGGGUUAGGGGAGGGUUUGGCCGACAGGGAUGUUCUUGUCCCAUCGCUCACUAGUGACUCCUGUGGCGGGCUGGGUGUAGUGCACGCUGACACGGCCGCCAGGUGUACGGUUGUUUCCUCUGACACAUUGGUGCGGCUGGCUUCCGCGUUAAGUGGGCAUUGUGUCAAGAAGCAGUGCGGCUUGGUUGGGUUGUGUCCAUGUGGGAGUUGCAGCGAUGAGACAAGACUGUAACUACCAAUCGGAAACCACAAAAAAGGGGUAAUCUAUUGUGAGUCUUUCUCUGGAGAACACACCUGGAGUCUAGGACAGCUAUGGAGAACACACCUGGAGUCUAGGACAGCUAUGGAGAACACACCUGGAGUCUAGGACAGCUAUGGAGAACACACCUGGAGUCUAGGACAACUAUGGAGAACACACCUGGAGUAUAGGACAGCUAUGGAGAACACACCUGGAGUCUAGGACAACUAUGGAGAACACACCUGGAGUCUAGGACAGCUAUGGAGAACAAACCUGGAGUCUAGGACAGCUAUGGAGAACACACCUGGAGUCUAGGACAGCUAUGGAGAACACACCUGGAGUCUAGGACAGCUAUGGAGAACACACCUGGAGUCUAGGACAGCUAUGGAGAACACACCUGGGGUCUAGGACAACUAUGGAGAACACACCUGGAGUCUAGGACAGCUAUGGAGAACACACCUGGAGUCUAGGACAGCUAUGGAGAACACACCUGGGGUCUAGGACAACUAUGGAGAACACACCUGGAGUCUAGGACAGCUAUGGAGAACACACCUGGAGUCUAGGACAGCUAUGGAGAACACACCUGGAGUCUAGGACAGCUAUGGAGAACACACCUGGAGUCUAGGACAGCUAUGGAGAACACACCUGGAGUCUAGGACAGCUAUGGAGAACACAUCUGGAGUCUAGGACAGCUAUGGAGAACACACCUGGAGUCUAGGACAGCUAUGGAGAACACACCUGGAGUCUAGGACAGCUAUGGAGAACACACCUGGAGUCUAGGACAGCUAUGGAGAACACAAGCUACAGUAGUAGCCCCAGUAGUGAUGACAGAUGAAGCUGCAGUAGUAGCCCCAGUAGUGAUGACAGAUGAAGCUACAGUAGUAGCCCCAGUAGUGAUGACAGAUGAAGCUACAGUAGUAGCCCCAGUAGUGAUGACAGAUGAAGCUACAGUAGUAGUCCCAGUAGUGAUGACAGAUGAAGCUGCAGUAGUAGCCCCAGUAAUGAUGACAGAUGAAGCUGCAGUAGUAGCCCCAGUAGUGAUGACAGAUGAAGCUACAGUAGUGAUAACAGACCUCAACAGCGACAUCAGAACAGCGAUCAGAACAGCGAUCACUAACCUUCUAGGCAACAGAACAGAGAUCACUAACCUCCUAGACAUCAGAACAGCGAUCACUAACCUUCUAGACAUCAGAACAGCGAUCACUAACCUUCUGGACAUCAGAACAGCGAUCACUAACCUUCUAGACAUCAGAACAGCGAUCACUAACCUUCUAGACAUCAGAACAGCGAUCACUAACCUUCUAGACAUCCAAACAGCGAUCACUAACCUUCUGGACAUCAGAACAGCGAUCACUAACCUCCUAGACAUCAGAACAGCGAUCACUAACCUUCUAGACAUCAGAACAUUGAUCACUAACCUUCUAGACAACCAAACAGCGAUCACUAACCUUCUAGACAUCCGAACAUCGAUCACUAACCUCCUAGACAUCAGAACAGCGAUCACUAACCUUCUGGACAUCAGAACAGCGAUCACUAACCUUCUAGACAUCUGAACAGCGAUCACUAACCUUCUAGACAUCCGAACAUCGAUCACUAACCUCCUGGACAUCAGAACAUCGAUCACUAACCUUCUAGACAUCCGAACAUCGAUCACUAACCUCCUGGACAUCAGAACAUCGAUCACUAACCUUCUAGACAACCAAACAGCGAUCACUAACCUUCUGGACAUCAGAACAGCGAUCACUAACCUUCUAGACAACCAAACAGCGAUCACUAACCUUCUGGACAUCAGAACAGCGAUCACUAACCUUCUGGACAUCAGAACAGCGAUCACUAACCCUCUAGACAUCAGAACAGCGAUCACUAACCUUCUGGACAUCAGAACAGCGAUCACUAACCCUCUAGACAUCAGAACAGCGAUCACUAACCCUCUAGACAUCCGAACAGCGAUCACUAACCUUCUAGACAUCAGAACAGAGAUCACUAACCUUGUUUUGGUUGAAGAUUUCUACUUCACCAGUUGGCAGCUGUACUGUUCAUUCCAUACCAGGCUCUAAUCCCCGGGACUCCAAGGAGGAAGAGACGGCGCAAGCGAGUCAAUAAACCACCGCUCUCAAGUGGCGAAGCAGUCUAAGGCACUACAGACCCUGGUUUGAUUCCAGGCUGUAUCACAGCGGUCUAAGGCACUGCAUCUCAAAUCAAAUCAAAUUUUAUUUGUCACAUACACAUGGUUAGCAGAUGUUAAUGCGAGUGUAGCGAAAUGCUUGUGCUUCUAGUUCCGACAAUGCAGUAAUAACCAACAAGUAAUCUAGCUAACAAUUCCAAAACUACUACCUUAUAGACACAAGUGUAAGGGGAUAAAGAAUAUGUACAUAAAGAAAUAUGAAUGAGUGAUGGUACAGAGCGGCAUAGGCAAGAUACAGUAGAUGGUAUUGAGUGCAGUAUAUACAUAUGAGAUGAGUAUGUAAACAAAGUGGCAUAGUUAAAGUGGCUAGUGAUACAUGUAUUACAUAAAGAUGCAGUAGAUGAUAUAGAGUACAGUAUAUACGUAUACAUAUGAGAUGAAUAAUGUAGGGUAUGUAAACAUUAUAUUAGGUAGCAUUGUUUAAAGUGCUAGUGAUAUAUUUCCCAUCAUUUCCCAUCAAUUCCCAUUAUUAAAGUGGCUGGAGUUGA